AUGGCAAGCCAGUACAAGCGAGAGCUCACGAGGCAGCCAGCUUUUCGGCGCGACGUUAUUACGCAGGAUAUAACUACAUCUCCACCUAAUCCGCCUCCGACUCGCCGAGCGUCUACGGCUGUACUUUCAAAGCGGCCGAAAGAUUUAUUCAAACUUUGGCACGAAUACCAGGUCGGAUGCGGUGACCUGAAAGCAGCAAAAGACUUUACGGCAAUCGAGCGUGGUGCGAGCAAAUUCGCCUUCUCUAGGCGAAAAGUGUUCUGGGACGUAGUCGCUAGCUUGGACGAUCAUUGGCACGGACACGUGCCCAACUCGUACGAAGCUGUCGCGAUCCCCGACAGUGACCCUCACAAGAAGAAACCGAAGAAACGACUCAAAGACGACGACUCGGACACCAAAACAGCCGAGUCUUAG